AUGGGCGAGGAAUCCAAGAUCGACGACGGCGUCGCCGAGUGGGAGGCGGGCCUCCCCUCCUCCGACGACCUGACGCCCCUCUCCCAGUCGCUGAUUCCCGCCGAGCUGGCGUCGGCGUUCAAAAUCUCUCCGGAGCCCUCCAGGACGGCGUUCGACGUCAGGCGCGCCUCCGAGAGCACCCUUUCUUCCCUCCGAGCCGCCGCCACCGUCGGUGCGGACGAGGCGGGUCAGGAUGAAGGAUCCGACCCGAAGAAGACCCGAAGAACGGUGGAACCACCCGGAUUAGGCGACGACCCCGACAGCUCAGCGGACGACCAGGCCGCGAAGACGCUGAAAAGGCCGCGGCUCGUGUGGACCCCGCAGCUGCACAAGCGCUUCGUGGAGGUGGUGGCCCACCUGGGUCUGAACAAAGCCGUGCCCAAGACGAUUAUGCAGCUGAUGAACGUCGAGGGUUUGACCCGUGAGAAUGUGGCGAGCCACUUGCAGAAGUACAGGCUCUAUGUGAAGAGAAUGCAGGGUUUGUCCACCGAGGGCCCAUCACCCUCCGAUCAUUUGUUCGCCUCCACGCCUGUGCCGCCACAGAGCUUCAACGAGUCGUCUUCUUGCGGUGGGCCCAGCCACAGUAAUGUGAUUGUUAAUGGAAGCCAUGGGAGUAGUAAUCAUGUGGGGAUGCCGAUGAUUCCGAUGCCUUAUCCUCUGCCACCACCGCAAAUGAUGCCAAUGGCGGCAAACGGACAUGGGUUUCAUGGAUACGAAUCAGCCCACUCGUAUAAUAAUCAUUACCAGCAGCAGUAUAACAACAUGGUGCAGCAGCAAAAGGACUGGUCCAGGAAUAAAUUACGAUGGGAUUUCCUCUUGCGGAAGGUUGAGUUGAAGCUGAACACCACAGCAACAAGUUAGUUGUUUUUCUUGACCAGCUAGUUUGUAUGCCGAUUAACGUUUAUGCUCCAAGACACAAAAUAAAUGUACCACUUUUUUGUUUGAGACAAGUGAAGUUUUAGAAAAAUGUUUCCCGAGAGCUUAUCGUCAUUUUAGGCAGUUUAGUCACUCAUCUUUCACCUUUCUGAUAGGGUGCCUUGAUGCUUUGUUGUGGACUUGUCCAGAUUUUGAAGUGUUCCACUUCAGAAUUUU